AUGCACUUUGCGCCAAACAUGCACCUGUCGUCGUUCGAUGAUGUUGAACGCAGCGCUGACGACUUCGGCGCCAUGUACGAUCGCAUUCGCGUCCUAGCACCUGCGCGCGAGGCGGAAUCGACGUUAGCGUGGGCGUCAGACCCCAGCGACGUCACAAGCUCGACCCACGUCUCACCAACAUGUACGCCAACCACAUCCGAGCCUGACCUUGAAGACGUGCUUGACGACCCCGAAUACGAUAAGAUUAGCGAUCGCGACGACAUUGCUGAAGACGAAGCCUGCUUUCGAAGAGAGCCUACAGCGGUCCGCAGACGCGCAAUGGCCGAAGACUUCAGCGAGGGGAAGCUUGAGACCAUCGUCGACAGCCCCCAGAAGGAGAAUGCUGGCACACAGACGCAAUAUGUCUCGUACCAAAUCACUACCAAGUCCGACUUCCAGUCCUUCCAGAAGUCCGAGUUCUCCGUCCGCCGCCGCUUCACAGACUUUGUUUUCCUAUGGAAACAGCUGUCAAAAGAAUAUCCGCAAUGUGCUGUACCGCCGCUCCCAGACAAGCACAAGAUGGAGUAUGUGCGAGGAGACCGGUUCGGCCCGGACUUCACACAACGGCGGGCGCAUUCACUGCACCGCUUCCUAAAGCGCAUGGCAUUGCAUCCUGUGCUACGAAGGGCAAUGCUCUUCAUCACAUUCCUCGAGACGCCCGACUGGAAUCAGCAUAUGAGGGGCAGGACGUCAAGAGCUGCAAGCGGGUCCGAUACCGGUGGAGGCAUAAUGGACUCGGUAGCAGACACUUUUGUCAACACAUUCACCAAGGUGCACAAGCCCGACAAGCGAUUUACAGAAGUCAGUGAUCGGGCGAACAAGCUGGUCGAGGAUUUGAACAACAUUGAGAAGGGCACGGUCAAAGUCGCUAGGCGGCAGGGUGACUUGGGGACAGAUUAUGCCGACCUAGCGACACAGUGCCAGAAGCUGACCUCUCUGGAGCCUGCCGUCGAGGGUACACUGACGUCGUUCGCUGCAUCAGUAACCACUACAUCACAAGGCUUCAAGGUACUGCGAGACCACACAGAUCAAAACUACCUCACCAGUUUACGAGACAUGGACGCGUACAUCCAGGCAGUCAAGACCCUGCUCCGCACGCGUGAAGCGAAACAGCUCGAUUUUGAGAGCCUCAGCGAAUAUCUUGCCAAGUCAGCUGCCGAACGCGACCAAAUGGCCAGCCAGCACGGCGCAGGCCUGGGUGCAUCAGGCUUCCUGCGGUCCAAGGUCGAAGACUUCCGCGGCAUCGACCACGAGCAAGCUCGGCGCCAACGUGUCCGUAAACUCGAAGUCGAAAUUGAACGCCUUACCAGUGAAGUGGAGAACGCGAAGAAAGCAACCGAAGCCUUUGACGAGCACACCGUCAAGGAGGUAUCGGACUUUGAACGCAUCAAAGCUGUCGAGUUCAAAGACACCCUGGGUGAUUUUGCAGACGCACACGUGGAUUUCUUCCAAGGCACCAUCGAAACGUGGGAAAAGUUUCUCGAAGAUAUGCGCAAAGAGGAAGAUCAAAGGAAGGCGGCGGCUGGAGCUUCAUAG